GUGGGACCAUGGCUGGGCCCACCCUAGCUCGGAGCGGGCCGGAGGUGCCUGGUUGCCGGCCCAACUGGCAUCUCACCAGCAGUGGUGUCGCCCACCACAUUAUCCCACCUGUUCCCUUUCCCCCGCCCACUGUGCAGUCCACGGUCGCGGAGCCCCUGCCCCCGGCCGCAAAGCAGGGUUUGCACAUCUGGGAUUUUGACGAGGUCAUCAGCAGAUGGGAGACCACCUCUGGCUCGGCUUCCGUGCCUAAGACCCACGGCGGGCCCUACGCACAGCCCAGGGCCCCAGAGCCUUCGGACCCCACGCGGACUUUGGGGAUCAAGGAUUUAGGAGAAAAGCUCAGAAGCCGUGGCUGGCGCCUCCCGCGGAUCACAGAGCACCAGUGCAGUGAGACGAGGGCGCAGUACACCGGCCAGCCCGGCCUGGACCUGCGCCCCACCUUCCACGUCGGGCCCCAGCCCCUGGAGCUUGCGGACCACCACCGCGGAGGCCCUUCUCAGGCUUUAAUCCCCUGGACAAAGAACCCCGAGCUGUCCGGCCAGCCUUUCACAGUAUCUGACCAGGGCGUCCUGGACCGCCAUCAGCUCUAUCUGACCACCUCGGCCAAGGACUUCCGGGCCUACCCUAAGAAGGAGUUGUCUGGAUAUCCCCGCAAGGACUCGCUGACCUACUGGAGCUUUCAGAAGACGCCUCGGGUCUGGGGCCAGGACCCACAGCGGCCGCCCUGUCCGCGCUCCUCUCGGCCGCCAGGGAUCCGCGUGCCCCACGUCCACCCGGCGACGCUAGCCGUGCCGCACCGUGGGGCGUUGUCUCUGGCUCACGAGUCCUACAGACGCCCGCUGCACCCACUCCUCCGGCUCGACCGUUUCUGCCCGCUGGAGCUGCCCUGGGGCGGCCCCCACCGGAAGCCGGUGCCGGGCAUCUACAGCGUGCCACGAGCCUACCGCACGGAGAACUCCAGCUACGGCAGCUUGAAGCCACGCCCAAUCUGAGCCGGCUGCGCCAGCCCCGCCCAGAACACGCCCCCGGGCGGGGCCGGAGCCGAGCCUGGAAGACCGCGGCCGGGGGCACACUGGGCGGGGCUAAGGCCGGGAAACCCGCCUAUCACGCCAGGAUCCGCCCACCAGGCGUGAGCGGGACGGAUCCCACACCGGACUAAGGAGGGUGACCGGGUCCGGGACGAAGAUGGGUGCUGAGGCUGGAAAAUAUACUUUGGGGCGGUGUGCUCACGGGCGGGACACGCCCUCUGCGACAGAGGGGGCAGAGUUUACCUUAGUCAAUGACAGAGUUAAAAUAGUC